UAACUUGUGACAAUUAUGGCUAGAUUCUCAGCUUUUGGAUUACUCCUUCUCUUUCAGCUUUUGGCCUCCACCUCAACUCAGAGGCCAGGAUCACGAGGCCCUCCUGGACCCAGAGGACCCCCAGGACCAUCUGGCAAGGAUGGCAUAGAUGGAGAACCUGGCCCUCCUGGUUUGCCUGGUCCACCAGGACCAAAAGGGGCAUCAGGGAAGCGAGGGAAGCUGGGGAAUGCAGGCCUACCUGGCCUUCCAGGAGUGGAUGGUUUAACCGGAUCUGAUGGCCCACCUGGGCCAAAUGGACCACCAGGGGACAGAGGUGCCAUUGGGCCUCCUGGACCAGUUGGACCAGCAGGCAAAGGACUUCCAGGGCCUCCGGGACCUCCAGGCUCCAGUGGCUUCCCAGGUGGAAAUGGGUAUCAAGGGCCACCCGGACCAGCUGGGCUCCCAGGUUUUCCUGGACCGCCAGGACCUCCAGGGCCGCCGGGCGUACCUGGAGUUCUUCCUGACAGCAAUGGGGACCUUCAGUGUCCAGCUGUCUGUCCACCUGGCCCUCCAGGACCACCAGGAACACCAGGAUUCAAGGGCCAUACUGGUCACAAAGGAGAGCUUGGAGAAGAAGGCAAAGAUGGCGAGAAGGGUUCACCAGGGCCCCCAGGCCCUCCAGGCCCUGCAGGAACUGUUGGCUUGCAGGGAUCACGAGGGUUAAAAGGCCUUAUCGGGCCAGUAGGUCCUGUCGGAGACAGGGGAUCAAUAGGUUUUAGAGGGCCACCUGGUGUUCCAGGACCUCCAGGAAAAGUGGGACCACGUGGAGAUAGAGGGCCUGCAGGGUUCCGAGGGCCCAAAGGCGAUAUCGGUAGACCUGGGCCAAAAGGACCUCCAGGGCCUCCCGGGCCCUUAGGAGAACCUGGGAUGCCUGGAAAAGACGGGAGAGAUGGAACACACGGACACGAUGGUGAGAAGGGUGAUGCAGCUCCCGUUGGUGCUCCUGGUGAAAAAGGGCCAAAUGGACUUCCUGGUUUACCUGGAAGUGCAGGAACUAAAGGAGAAAAAGGUCAACCAGGCAGUCCAGGAGAAAUGGGGGAAUCUGGUCCUUCAGGAGAGCCAGGUAUACCUGGAGAGCGUGGUAUCCCCGGGGAAAGAGGCGAUGCUGGUCCAAGGGGAACUUCUGGACCCAUUGGUCUGCAAGGCCCCAUGGGAGCACCAGGUGUAAGAGGGUUUCAGGGUCGAAAAGGUUCCAGUGGGGAGCCUGGCCAUCCUGGUCCCACUGGGCUCCGUGGGGAGUCCGGAGAGAGGGGACCUGGUGGAGUUUCUGGACCCAAAGGUAACCAGGGCGUCGCAGGAGCAGAUGGACUGCCGGGUGAUAAAGGAGAAGUGGGUCCUUUUGGCCCUCCUGGGCAAAAGGGGGAGGCAGGAAAAAGAGGUGAACUGGGCCCAAAAGGAGUUCAAGGCCCCAACGGGACAGCAGGAGUUCCCGGAGUUCCAGGCCAUCCAGGCAAAUUGGGUUUUCAAGGAGAACAAGGAGUCCCUGGGAUCACUGGACAGCCCGGUCCUCCCGGGAAAGAAGCUAGCGAGCAACGCAUAAGAGAACUGUGUGUUGCAAUGAUCAGUGAGCAAAUUGCACAGUUAGCUGCUAACCUAAGGAAGCCCCUGGCUCCUGGAAUGACAGGACGGCCUGGACCUGCAGGUCUCCCGGGCCCUCCAGGGGCAAUGGGAAGUGUUGGCCACCCUGGCACUCGUGGCCCAUCUGGCUACCAAGGACCAACAGGACACCUGGGAGAUCCUGGUCCUAGAGGUGAUCCUGGUGAGAGGGGAGAUAAAGGUGCCAUUGGCAACGGUGUGGAUGGACCUGAUGGGGAUCAAGGAGCUCAAGGUCCGCGAGGUGUUCCAGGAACUAGUAAAAAUGGUCGGGAUGGCUCUCCUGGUGAACCAGGAUUACCAGGGGAUCCUGGAAGACCGGGGGCAAUCGGGGUCCAAGGAAUUCCAGGAGUCUGUGAUACAUCAGCCUGCAUGGGAGCUGCUGCUGCUGCUGGAGGAAAAUUCAAAAAGUCAUAGAACUGCAUUAAAGGAAGAUGAAAAAGGGAACUGGGUAUUUAAGCAAACUGUUUAUAUGUGAAGAGAAAAAUACUCUCCAAAAUAAUACAGAGGCGCAGUUCUCCUGUAAAACUGAAUGAAAUUGAAACUUUGAUGCUACAUUUUAGUUCAAUGAAACAGGAAAUCAUCAUAUGGAAAUCUGUACGAUGUCCUCUACAAUUAUUUUCAAGUUCAGUCUUGUUUGCUCCUUGCCCCACUGAAGAGACCCCCCUGAAGUGAAGUAUGAGGUGCUCUGCGGCCCACCCCCACCCUAAAACAACUGGGCUAAGUUUUACUGCAAUUUUUAGGAUGGCUUAAUCUUGUAUUAGUUUAUGGUAAACUCUGUUCCAAUCCAACUGUGCAUGAGGACAGCUGCCAAAGCUGAACACAGAUAACCCUGGUCAGAUAAAUGAGGGCUAUAAACAUUUAGCCAAGGCUAUGCAUUCACAGCCCCAUCAGUAGACUAAGACCAGGAAUGGCAUGUGCAGCUCCUGUUUGUGCUCGUGGAUCUGAGCUGGCAUGCCCCUAAUGGAUUGUGGGAAGUAAAUGUAGAAGUACUAAACUAAGUAAAAAUUAUACCAGUAGAAGCGUUCAUUACCCUGAACUUUCAUGCAAUUGAUACAAUCUGAAGAGCACCUCUGGAUGCACACACCAGAGUUUUCCCAAGGUUUUGUACCUUGCAGCUCUUUUAUACUGUGUCAGAAGCCAUUCCUGAAGAUUCCCUAAGUUUGUGGGGGUGAUUUAUCCUACCAGCACAGGGAACAGCGUCUGCCAAGGGGGACUACUGAUGCCUUACUCUACAAACAGGUCUUAUCCCUUAGAUAUAUCUACCACAACUAAAAAAUGAAUGUUUCUCAAUUAAUUCUACAUGAGGUAGAAUUUAUGUUGCAAGAGAUAAUUUUGAACAUUUCCAUAUUGAAAGAUACUUAGUAAUAACAUUUUACACCCUCUGUACAGUUUUUGUGAUAGACACAUUACAGAUGAUCACUACCCAAAACUAGUAUAUGCAUUAAUGUAAAAAAAAAUUAAAGUUUCUUUUUGUAACAUUGUAUCUACUUAUUUUACAAUAGGCUUGUUUUGCUAAUACUUUUUUUGCCCCUGAUGAUUAGAAAUAAAGGUAAUAUACAAGUGUGAAUAUCCGUGAUUUAAACAGUAUUUAUUUUGGGAUGAGUUCUGUAUAAGAAAUACCUACUAGCAUUGUCUGUUUUGAUAGCUAAAUAAAGCCACUUUCAAUCCAAUAAAUAUACUUUUUUUCUAAAAUGCUUCACCUUUCCUAACACAUAUAAUUAAUCCUAGUCUUUUUUAAAAAGAAAAUAUUAUGUGCACUUAAAAAUCAUGUACUGUUUACAAAAUACCACUUUUGCACUGCAAGCAUGCAAAUGACCGGAUAUUUUUCCUAUGAAAGCCCAUCUUAAAUAAAUGGGAUCUGCACACGUAAGCUGUACUUCUGUUCAUUUCAACGGGUCUUUGGGCAGGAAGUAAUCCUUUGACUGUAUCCUAUACUAGAAAUAGUUGGAAAGUGCAAAACAUAUUUUAAAUAGUACUGUAUUUGUAACACACUGUCAACAGCUUUUUCUAUAUUUUUCAGUUUCACAGGGAUGAACACUGGGAAAUGGAAGGCAAAUCUGAGUUACUAUAUGCAAGUUACCAUCUCUUAUAUAAUUUGUAAACGAUUUAAAUUACUUCUUCCAAACUGGUUGUUAUGACAUUCUGAUAAUUAUUUAUAUUAAUACAAGUAUGUUCAAGAUUGAAAUGAUCAAGCUGCUAUUCUAUAACACAUCUGAAUUAUUUUAUACUUGGAAAACAAAACGAAACGAAAAGUAGAAGAGGUGGGGUAGCAUUUACUAGUUUGUAAUAUUUCUCCUUCCCUCUGGUGCAGUGCCUUUCUUGGGGCAGCAUUAAUUAAUAAAUGUUUAGUCAUGCUUUU